CACAUAGGAAAGAAGGGUGGGAGUGGGAGUGGGAGUCGGUGUACAACUAACUACAACAUCAACUUCAUCCCCAAAUCAAACUUCGGUGGCUUUUCCUUUCUCUAACGAUUGUUUAACCAAACCCUACCCUUCUGGGUCUUUGAAAUUUUCAUCCUCGUAAUGGGUUCCGAAGGAUCCAGCGUCGUCGUUCCUAGGAAUUUCAGAUUAUUGGAAGAGCUUGAAAGAGGUGAGAAGGGAAUUGGAGAUGGAACUGUUAGCUAUGGAAUGGAUGAUGCUGAUGAUAUAUACAUGCAGUCUUGGACUGGGACUAUCAUUGGUCCACCUGGUACUGUUCAUGAAGGACGUAUAUACCAGUUGAAAUUAUUUUGUGGCAAGGACUAUCCAGACAAUCCUCCAUCUGUUAGAUUUCAAACAAGGAUUAACAUGACAUGUGUCAAUCAAGAAACUGGAGUGGUUGAGCCACAUCUGUUCCCGAUGCUGGCUAAUUGGAAACGCGAGUGUACAAUGGAAGACAUUUUGAUGCAAUUGAAGAAAGAAAUGAUGUCUCCACAAAAUCGGAAGCUAACUCAGCCUCCUGAAGGCAAUGAAGAAGCCAGGAUUGACCAAAAGGGGCUGGUGGUGAAAUGUUGUAUUAUGUAAUUCAGUGGAGAAUCCAAGAGUUAUAAUGUAAAUAACCAUAUUCAAUAGAUGAUCCAAGUUCAUGGACGUGUGCAUUUAUUAUGUAAUUAUAGACGAUUUCCGUAUGUUAACUGGAGCAAUCAUAUAGUGACUAUCUUGUCUGUGAAUUUUUAUUGUACAGAGGCUGUUUUUACAGCGAACUCUAAUUUGGCAGUUUGAGAUCCUUUUUAUCUUUGCUUUUAUGUGUAUCCAUGUGUAUACUUCUGUCCAGAAAUUGUGGGAUAACAUAUUAUUCAU